ACAUCACGUGUGUGAAGCCAGGAGGGCGUGCACAUAUAUACAACACAGCCCCGGACACGAGAACUACUGGUGUGGCAACAACGGCCAAGCGACCGGUACAGCUCGCUGUCAUCGCACCACUGAGCUGCACAUUAACACCCAUUCCCCAUUAUUAAACACCGGGCUUCAUUUCAUUUUUUCGGGGGAGCAGCCGCAUCAUCCUUGCGGCGUGCUUCGUGGAGCUAACGUCAAACCCAGACGUUAGCAAGCGAUGCGAGCAGAGGGGCCUGCUUCUUCUGGAUGCCCGCGCUGAGAGGUUCGCCGACAGGGCACGCCGCGUAACACCCACCAACGGUCUGCGGGCUUUUUUGAGGGGGGGGUUCUUCAACUCUCUCGACCGCACACGGAGGAUCCCGGGCUCCGCCGUCCGUCUGGACCGAGGCUUCAUGCUAGUUCCGCGCUAGCUGGACGCACAAGCUAGCUGUUGAGCUAACGCCCGGCGCGUGAGCUCUAGACGAGACAACCAGCCCGUCAGGUCGCGCGCGCUCCCCGAGCCCCGGUAGGUGCCAUGGGUCUACUGUCUCAGGGGUCCCCGCUGAACUGGGAAGAAACCCAGAAGUACGCCGACCACAUCAGGAAGCACGGCAUCAUCCAGUUCCUCAACAUCUACAACAAGUUGAAGGAGCGUCAGAAGGACGUGUUGAAAUGGGGCGAUGAGGUUGAGUACAUGUUGGUGGAAUUGGAUGACGCGGAUGAAAAAGUUCGACUUGUCCUCAAUGGAAAAGAUGUUUUGGAAACUCUGCAAGACCAGGGGGAGAAGAUAAACCCCAAUCACCCCACCCUUUGGAGACCGGAGUACGGCAGCUACAUGAUCGAAGGAACGCCGGGGCAGCCGUACGGUGGGACCAUGUCCGAGUUCAACACCGUGGAGGGCAACAUGGGGAAGAGGCGACGAGAGGCCUCGGCCGUCCUCAACCACAACGAAACCCUCUGCACCGUCACCGCAUUUCCGAGGUUAGGCUGCCCAGGCUUCACCAGACCGGAGCACCGGCCGACCCCGGUCGAGAAGGGAGUGUCAAAGUCACUGUUUUUCCCCGAUGAAGCCAUCAACAGGCACCCACGGUUCAGCACCCUCACUAGAAACAUACGUCACAGAAGAGGAGAGAAAGUUGUGAUCAAUGUGCCAAUCUUCAAAGACAAGUGCACUCCGUCUCCCUUUGUGGAGGAGUUUCCUGAGGACGACGGGGAAGCGGCGAGGGCGGCUCUGCCCGACCACAUCUACAUGGACGCCAUGGGCUUCGGGAUGGGCAACUGCUGUCUGCAGGUGACAUUCCAAGCUUGUAGUAUUGACGAAGCGAGAUACCUUUAUGACCAACUAGCAACAUUCUGCCCCAUAGUGAUGGCGCUGAGCGCAGCUGCUCCCUUCUACAGAGGCUUUGUGUCGGAUAACGAUUGUCGCUGGGGGGUUAUUUCUGCCUCGGUGGACGACAGGACAGCGGAAGAACGCGGCCUGGAGCCUCUGAAAAACAACAAAUUCAGGAUCUUCAAGUCCAGAUACGAUUCAAUCGACAGCUACCUGUCCAGCUGCGGUGAGAAGUACAACGACAUUGACUUGACGAUAGACGAGGAGAUCUACAAGCAGCUGCUCGAUGCAGGAAUCGACAAGCUGCUGGCCCAGCACAUAGCACACCUCUUCAUCAGAGAUCCACUCUCCAUCUUUGAGGAGAAAAUCCACUUGGACGAUGAGAACGAGUCCGACCACUUCGAGAACCUUCAGUCGACCAACUGGCAGACGAUGAGGUUCAAACCUCCACCUCCAAACUCCGACAUUGGCUGGAGAGUGGAGUUCCGGCCCAUGGAGGUGCAGCUAACUGACUUUGAAAACGCUGCAUACGUGGUCUUUGUCGUCCUGCUCACCAGGGUGAUCUUGUCCUACAAACUGGACUUUCUGAUCCCUUUGUCAAAGGUUGAUGAAAACAUGAAGGUUGCGCAGAAGAGAAACUCUGUCCAGGAGGGCAUGUUUUACUUCCGGAAGGACAUCUUCAAAGGCUGCAACCCGGGGCUCGAUGGCGCGUCCUCUGCUGAGAACGGCUGCGAGAGUGAUGGCGCCAAUGAGGAGUACACGCUGAUGAGCAUCGACACCAUCAUCAAUGGAAAGGAGGGAGUAUUUCAAGGGCUUAUCCCGAUCCUCAACUGCUAUCUGGAAAACAUGGAGGUGGAUGUGGAUACCAGGUGCACCAUUUUAAAUUACCUGAAGCUCAUCAAGAAACGUGCCUCAGGCGAACUAAUGACCAUGGCCAAGUGGAUGAGGGAAUUUGUCGCCAAGCACCCGCAGUAUAAGCAGGACAGCGUCCUGACCGACAAGAUAAACUACGACCUGUUCAAGAAGUGCGACGCGAUUGCUAAAGGUGAAGAGCAGUGCCCGGAGCUCAUUGGAAACCCGGUGAACCGGUUCAAAUGAGAGCAGCUGUACAAGUGCGCAGUAGUUAUACAACCUUGCAUGUACGGAAAGACCAAAUGUGUGGCUCAGAACGACAGCAGCCCAAUUUUAAGAAAUUGCAAAACAGCAUGUGUGUGUGUUGUAAGAAACACACCUGCAUCAAAUGUAUGUGUAUAUAUACUGUAUCAGAAUUUUUAUGAUUGCAGAAUUAUUUUAAUAGGGUUAAGACAUGCAAACGGUUGUGUAAUAGAAAUCAGAUGUGUAUUUAUUUUUCUCUGGAAAUUAAGCCUAUCUGUGUGACAAUGUAAAUGUAGCAAAGAGUUGUACAGUAGUCUGCUUUUAAUCUUGUCUUGGAUAAAUACUGUACUACCGCUCUUCAAAACGUCACACGCCUUCAUUUAACACUGAGUAAACGCUUUUUGCUUUUGGUAGAGGGAGUUUUUCUGUUUGCUUAAGAGACUGACAUUAUAGUAGGACCCUUUUUUUUAAGUAGUGCUACACGCCUUCACAGGGAAAGGGUCAACCAUCUUUUUCUUUUUUUUUUCUUUGCCAAAUUAUGCUGCUUCAAAAUAAAUCCGUGCAGCAGCUGGUUAGUGGGUUUUGUAUGGGAUGCUUUUCAAUUCAGGAACCCGAAGAAGAUGAUUCAAUUAGAUGAAAUUAGUUGGUUGAGGCAACAUCAUCAAGCUGGAUCAGUAUCAGCCUUCACAAAAUCUAGAAACUACUCUAACAUGGCAGGGUUCUGGCUGAUGUGCCCGUAGGAAAGCCUGCAGUCAACACAUUUACAUCAUUCCUAUAUUGGUCAGCAACCAGAAGCUUAUAGACAACGCAACUUUUCUUUGUCAAAUUUAAAUCAUGUUCUUUCACAUAACAUGAGACUACAGGCCGUAAAUAAAUGUGCUUUGGGUUAAAUGCUACGUUGCCAUAGUAACAGGCCAAGGGGUUAAAUGUAGAUUCACUAGCUUACUUUAGUAAGAAGAUAUUCAAUAAUUGACACAAACUAACUGGGGCCGAUUGAACGUGCUGGGGAGUAUUAUUGUGUGUCCCAAAUAUCACGGCUGUUUUUCUGAUUGUUCAUGUUGAGAGACCAGCAUUAGACCGACUGGGAACAGUUUGUCUUUCCCCCACUGAAAGGAUGAGAUGUGGGAAUUCUAAAUCCAGGCAUACAAGUGUUCUCACAGGUCUGAGCCAAAGACCACUCGCUAACUGAUUUUGAAAAAUGCAAUAAAAGUGGGAAAGCACUGAGAGAUGUUCUGAUUAAA